AAUUUCGUAGUGUUAAAGUAAGUCAAGUGCAGCGUAGUGUACCGCAUCCCGAGUUUCACUUUCGGCGAGACGUGACUCGACAAGUUACCAACGAAAUCGAAAGUUAGACCGCAAUGGCGUCUGCCUCGUGCCGUUUUCUUUGUUUGUGUCGAUGUUUAUUGUUGUUUUCUAGCUUUAUUUUAUCUAGUGUUGGACAAGUGCCGCUACCGCCUUUAUCCAGCAAUCCAUCCCUACAAAAUAGUCAUGUUUUCUCCGCCAAUCGCCACGGCGUCGCGCUGCCACCCGCCACAAGCCACAGUUCCUCUGGUGUUGGGGUGCCCUUAACUGCCACAUCCCCACAGGGAUCACGAGUUGGGGUUGCAUUUACCCCGGGGGGUUCACGUGCAGGUGUUCCUCUCCCCCCUGCUCCUAACCAAGGGGGAUUUAAAUCCUCAGGAGGGAUUUUCGGUCCCGUAGGUAAAGGGAUCUUAGAAACCCGUCCACAAAACAGCCUGGGGAUCGGAUUUAGAACCCCCGAAGGGAACCCCUUCACCUUCAACGAGCUCCCCUCCUCCAUAGAACUGGACAAGAACCUGUCCCCCGUCCCCCCAUACUUCGUGUUCUCUGACGACGACGCCCCUCGCCGCACCCUGUCCAUUGGGGGCCCUAAGACCGGGGGUCUGCUGCCCAUCUCGAACCCCACCUCAGACCCCAAGCUGCUGAGGCUGCUCAGUGAGCCCGUGGUGAGGCAGAGGCUUGUGGCUGAGGCGGGGGCCAACAAGGCUCUUAAGAUCAGCGCCAUCUUGAUGGCACAUAAACAGGUGGUGGGAGGCCAGAUCACCUACGCCAGCCUGCGUGUCUCUGAGACUAACUGUCCUGCUAGCCGCGUCAACAGCCUCAGAGGCUGCCUCGUGGACGCCUCACAGGAUUCAUACAUUUGCGAGGUGGCCUUCUGGGAUCGACCGUGGCUUAACGUCACCAGAAUUCUGGAUGAGAAGACUGGGAACUGCCCUGUGGACACUACCAGACCGCACUACCAGUGCGUGGUGUCACUGCUCUACCACCCCAACCAUCUCAUGCCGCUCAGGGUAGCGCACGGCGACGACAAGGACAAGCUCAAGUGCAACAAGAAGGUUAGUGAUAGCAACCUGCACAAACCUGUGUCUCUUAUCAGCGCCUACAUGCAGGUUAGUGGUAGCAACCUGCACAAACCUGUGUCUCUUAUCAGCGCCUACAUGCAGGUUAGUGAUAGCAACCUGCACAAACCUGUGUCUCUUAUCAGCGCCUACAUGCAGGUUAGUGGUAGCAACCUGCACAAACCUGUGUCUCUUAUCAGCGCCUACAUGCAGGCGUCGGCCGGGACGAAAUAUCUACUGACGGUGGAGGUAGCGGAAACCACAUGCCUUAAAGGGACCACACUGGGGACCCAGCGGUCCCAGUGUCCCCGGGACCCCACAGAGGACCACGAAAUAUGUGUGUUUGUGGUCCUACAUCAGCCAUGGCUGCCUUCGUCACAUCUGCUCAGCGCUAAAUGCUUUGAUAAAGACGAAGCUCAUCGUCACAAUCCUGAGUUUCUGCUGUCAUCGUCCGUGUUCCAUGCCACGCAAGCAGCCGCCUCGUCCUCGGCCGCGGGUACCUCGCUACCCUCGGCGGCCGUUACCCUCAAGCCCGUUACCCUCACCCUCUCCGGGGGGCAGAGCGCCCCUGACGUGCCCCACGACGCACAAACGUCGCGCGUCGCGCAGUUCGUCGUUGACGAGAUCAACAAAAAUGACGUCGGCGACCACGACUUUGACUCGCGAGCGCACGACGAAUCUCAUGAACUUGACGAUGAUUUUUCCCGCGAGUUGGACGAUGAUGAUGGAUACUACCAGCUCGUCAAGGUCCACAAAGUUCUGCCGCUGCAGUCAGGCAGCGGACAGACGCGCGUGGUGCUCGAGGUGGGUGAGACGAACUGCACACGCGCCCCCCUGCACCGCCCCCCCAGCGCCCCCCGCUACUGUACACUCGACCCCUUCGAGGAGCACGAGGUGUGUGACGCGGUCGUACAGGUGCCGGCAUCAGGUGCCCUGCAGCUGGUCUCCGUCAGCUGCCAGGAUCUGGGGGACUACCUGGGGCAGUCCAGCCUCGUGCCCCCCGUGCCCCCCGUCGCCUGGGUGCCUGAACCCUUCCUCCCCCUCGGCCACCUCCCCAGCCUCCCCCACACCUCCCCCACCGAGACGUACGCAGGCAUGCGGCCCGUGGCCACGUCCGACGUGCUGGUGCAGAAGGCAGGACAGCUCGUAGUCGCGCGCUACAACCUCCUCAGUGACGAGGAUGACCUGGCUACCCUCGUCGCCGUCGUCACCGCGCAUACCCUCGACUCCGGCACAGGGGGCGUGCGCUACCUGCUGGAGGUGGAGAUGGCGGAGACGUCCUGUAGGAAAUAUCUGCCCAUAGUGGACCCUAACAAGUGUCCUGUAGAUCCUUCUGAGGACAGGAUUGUCUGUCAGGCGGAAGUGACGCGGGACAGCACCAGCGGGACGGCCGGGACGUCCUGGGACGGGCUCACCGCCAAGAAGCUCUACUGCCGCGAGAAGGACGACUACGUCCGGGCCCGUGCCACGGGCGAGGACGGCCCCUGGACCCCCAUGUCCCCCACGGACCCCAAACUGAAGGACCUGGCAUCCUUCAUCGCGGACCAGUUCGACCUGCGCACCGACGACGACAACCUCUUCCUGCCACAGCGAACUGUCUCCGCCCGAUACCAGAACGUGUCCGGCAUUCGCUACAACGUUGUAGUCGAGCUCGCUGAAACAUUUUGCCCGAAAUACAAGGAACACAUCGACAAGCAGCGCUGCCGCGUCGACCAUACAGAGGAUGUUAAGCUGUGUAACGCGUUCCUGUUCGAGCCCCCCAGCGGGGUAGGGGGCACCCGCGUCACGAAGCUCCUCUGCAAGGACAAGGGGGGGCACGGCGCCCCCCACAGCUCCGAGGUCGCCCUCCUGCCCCCCGUCCACCCGUCCGCCCACGCCCGUCCAGUCUUCCUCAGCAAGUUCCAGAAGCCCUCCUACAGGACUCACUUUGAGGACUCGGGCGAGAGCCUUGAGAGCAACGAGUUCAUCAUGGGCUCAAAAUUGCCGAGACAAAGCCCCACCAAACCUGUAACGCUAGCACCAACCCCGCCAUCCCCUUUCAUAACUCCUAAAACUUUCCCUAAAAGGAGAGAAAGUGAAGAAAGUAAUGAGCAAUUCUACCAGAGCCCUCGAGUUCCGGGUCUCCGGAGCUCCCAGACGGCGCCCUCCGGCCCAGGUCGCCGCCUGGACAGCCGCUCCGAAGAAGAUGAGAGCGACGAGUUCCUGCCCCGCAACUCACGGUCGGGCAGGAGGCGGCGGAGCGACCCUAGGGCGACCCUGAGCAUCGACGUUCAAAAUCCAAAGGCUUCCCUGUAAGGAUGUGACGUGAAGAGGACUUCUGUGGAGGCCUUCCAACGAGAAAAAGAUCUGCAUUUCUCCACGACCGCAAACUUCGACUGCGGUUUUGUACAACAAACGACAGCGAUGAAAGCAACAUCGUCGCGCAACUCUGCGCAUGUUGCACUAAUUCUCGUUAUUUUAUGCAGGCAACUUAAAUAAUCAAAUUCAAAGGAUCUAGAUGGUAAAUCCAUCUCGUGAAAUUCUCCGGUUGAGCCCAGCAAUUAUAAAAGGUCACACUAUGGAGCGCGUUAUUACUAAGAGUCUUUAACAAUUCAAAUACUACGAGUGUAGUAUUGAAAUGGCGAUUCAUUGGAUAAACUCGGUUGAAUUGUAGUUAUAUGGAUGAACUCUGUUGAAUUGUAGUGAGUUAUCGGCAUUGCAUAAACUCUGUUGAAUUGUAGUAAUUUAUCGACAUUGGAUGAACUCUAUUGAAUUAUAGUGAUUUAUCGGCAUCGGAUAAACUCGGUUAAAUUGUAGUUAUUUAUCAGUAUUGGAUAAACUUGAUUAAAUUCUAGUGAUUUAUCGGCAUCGGAUAAAUUCUGUUAAAUUGUACUUGUUUAUCGGCAUUGGAUAAACUCGGUUAAAUUGUAAUUAUUUAUCGAUAUUGGAUAAAGUCGGUUAAAUUGGUACACGGAACGACAUUGCGGUUUGGGUCAACGAGCAGCUUGAGUUUAAUUGUUCGAUUAUUGAACUGAAACUGAAACUUGUUACUUAGACUGGCAACAAUCAUUAAAGCUUGAAAAUGUCAAGAGGGAGAUACUGUUGAACUCCAGUAGAUUGUUAAUUGAGGUUAAUUGUGCCAAUUUGUUAGAAUCUUUAACCACGGAGAUUUUUAGCGCAUUUUCUCAUUUAUGGAAAGAAAGGCGCUGUUGUGCU